AUGGACUCAACCAACCAGAAGAGAGGCUUCAGCCUGAGUGUCAUCAAUAACUUUGACUUCCGAGCUCUACACCGAGAGCCCAUCGCCAUGGGAAACAUGGAAAAUGGAGUUCCUGGUAGAACUCACAGUGCUAGAUACAACUGUGACAGUCACCCUGAUUGCCAGCCACCACGGGCAGCCCAGCUCCUCCCUCUGCCUCUGAAGGUCAUUCUUAGCAAUCAGACUGUGGACAUUCCAGAAAAUGUCGACAUCACUCUGAAAGGACGCACAGUUAUGGUGAAGGGCCCCAGAGGAACCCUGCGGAGGGACUUCAACCACAUCAAUGUGGAACUCAGUCUCCUUGGGAAGAAGAAGAGGCUCCGGGUUGACAAAUGGCGGGGAAACAGAAAGGAGUUGACAACUGUUUGCACCAUCUGUAGCCAUGUACAGAACAUGACCAAAGGGGUCACUCUGGGCUUCCGUUACAAGGUGAGGGCUGCGUGUGCUCACUUGCCCAUCAAUGUCGUUAUUCAGGAGAAUGGGUCUCUUGUCAAAAUCCGGAAUUUCUUGGGUGAGAAAUACAUUCACUGGGUUCAUAUGAGGGCAGGUGUUGCUCGCUCAGUAUCUCAAGAGCACAAAAAUGUGCUAAUACUUGUUUCAAAUUCAGCUGCUUUGAUUCAGCGAGCCACAGCAGUCAAAAACAAGGAUAUCAGGAAAUUUGGGGUGGUAUCUGUGUCUGAAAAGGGAACUGUUCAGCAGCCUAUGAGUGCCUGGUGA